GCCGCGCCGGGUGCGCGGGGAGUGCGCGACGUGACCCGCCUGGACUCGGAGCCCGGCCGCGCGAGUCGAGGGUUUGCUCGGUGGGCGCGCACGCCGGGCCAGCGCCAAGCGGGAGCCAGAGCAUGCGGGGCACGGCGCGGGAGGCCGGGGGGCGCGCGGGUCCGCUGUGGCCACGGCCCCCCGCCCUGGGCCCCGGCCCGCCGCCGCCGCCGCCGCUGCUGUCGCUGGCGGUGCUGCUGGCCGUGCUGCUGGGCGGCGCGGGCGCGCAGUACUCGAGCGACCUGUGCAGCUGGAAGGGGAGCGGGCUGACACACGAGGCCCACAGGAAAGAGGUGGAGCAGGUGUACCUGCGCUGCUCCACGGGCGCCGUGGAGUGGAUGUACCCAACCGGGGCGCUCAGCGUCAACCUGCGGCCCAACAUCUUCUCGCCCUCCCGACACCUGACUCUGUGCAUCAAGCCCCUCAGGGCCUCCUCGGGGGCCAAUAUUUAUUUGGAAAAAACUGGAGCGCUGAAACUGCUGUUUCGGGACGGGGACCACGGACCGGGCCAGGUGCGCUGCUUCGGUUUCGAGCAGGGUGGCCUGUUCGUGGAGGCGACGCCCCAGCAGGACAUCAGCAGGAGGACCACGGGCUUCCAGUAUGAGCUGAGCAGCCGGCAUGCUGGGUCGGACCUGCACGCUCUGUCAGCCCCAUGCCGCCCCUGCAGCGACACAGAGGUGCUCCUGGCAGUCUGCACCAGUGACUUCGUGGUCCGCGGCGCCAUCCAGGACGUCACCCACGAACCUGAGCGGCAGGAGUCGGCCAUCCACCUGCACGUGAGCCGGAUCUACCGGCAGAAGAGCAGGGUCUUCCAGCCCGCGCCCGGGGGCGGCUGGCGCGGGCGCAUCUCCACGCUGCUGGAGUGCGGCGUGCGGCCGGGGCGCGGCGAGUUCCUCUUCACUGGACACAUGCACUUUGGGGAGGCUCGGCUCGGCUGCGCCCCGCGCCUUGAGGACUUCCAGAGGAUGUACAGGGACGCCGAGGAGAGGGGGCUGAACCCCUGCGAGAUAGGCGUGGAGUGACUGUGGGGUGCCCCGAUCUGGGUGGACGCCCCGCGCUCACAGGGAGGCUGACGCACGAGGUUCCGCCGAGGAGUCCCCUUCGGGUUGAUUGGAAAUGCUGUAAAAUGCAAACUAAGUUAUUAUAUUUUUUUUAAAAAAGAAAUGUCCAGA